GGGCCAACCAGGUCACUAGUGAUCCAUGUCCAGGUGCCGCGGCCGCUGGCGGGGAGAGACCGAGGGGUGCGCCGCUCUGGGGCUCAGGCCGCUCUUUGUUCCGUUCCCCCUCCGAGUCCCAGAGACCCUCCCGGGGAAACAGAGGCAGGCUUCGUGGCCCGGAGAACGGCAUCGCCGAGCCCGUCGCGAUAAUUCUCGGGCAGCUUCAGUCCGUCCUGGCGGCCUUCUCUGGAGGGGGACUUGUCAGUCUGGGCUCUCCAUAGCCCCCGGGAGCCUGUGAACUUGCCUCCCUCGGGAAAGGCAGCCCCGGCCACGGGGUCUGGAGUGAGGUCUCUGCUGGGCUCUUCCCGGGUUCCUCUGCCUUGGAACUCGACCUGGGGGCGGGGGAGGGCAGUCUGGACAGCUCCCUAAGCAAGCAGUGAACUGUGGGCCCAGCAGGGAGAGGGUCCAGCGCACUCUGGGUGCUCUCGGUCCCAUGUUCUCCUCGCUGCGUCUUUGCAGUGAGUCUCCCCGAGAUGGUCACGGGGAGCGCGGGGAAGGGCAUCCCCAGCCUCAAAGCCCGAGCACGGAGCCCUGGAGCUUGGGGUGCCCCAAAGGAGAAAUGACUCCGGAGGGUAGGUUUCGGGAAGACUCCCCCUGGCGUUUCCUAACUAGGUGACCUUGGCUGAGUCACUUCGCCUCUUGGUUUUGAAGAACUCCCAAGGACCGCCAUUUGUGGUAGGGGAGGGUGACUUGGGGGGAGCCUGAGCCAGUCCCUUCAUUUUCUCAGGCACAGAGCUCAGGGGGCCUAGCGAGUGGCGCUUUCCCACUCUACAGUCUGGUGUGUCCGUGCCGGGCUCUGCCCACGCACGUGCCAGGAGCUCGGCCUGCUGGUUGCUCCUCUGGGCCUCAGGCUUCCCAUCUGCAGAAUGGCGAGGCUGCCCUGAAGUUGCCCCUCCCUCCCCCUCUAUCUAGGACGUCUGCAUUUUCCUUUUCUCCUGGGCUCCUCCAGGGGGAGCUGCGGGCCCUUCAGUGACUGUCUCCUGCGUAGCCGCGAGCCGCCUCGGCAGGAACUCUCCGCCCGCCCGCCAUCCCGCCGCAGCCGCCGCCGCCGCAGCCACAGCCACAGCAGCCGCUGGGCCGCAAACUCCCGGAGCUCGGGACAGCGUCAGGCGCGCUCUGGAUCUGAGCCUCCAGUGCGCGCACGCGCUCCUUUCCCCGCCCCCGCCGCGCAGCGCCGACCCGAGGCCUGCGCUCAGCUGGCGGUGGAGGCAGUGGCGGUCCGGACUGCUGCCAGGCCGGAGCGGCGUCCCAGGCAUCUCAAGCUGCCGUCUAUGGAGGCGCCGCGGCCGCCCUAGGACCAGAAGGCGCCGGGCCCCCGGAGAGCAUGAGCGGGAGCGGCGCGGCUCCGGGCCCGGGCCCGGCCCCGAGCCGCUUCGCCCAUUACUUCGUGCUGUGCGGGAUCGACUCGGAUAGCGGCCUGGAGCCCGACGAGCUGGCGGGAGAAAACUUCGACCAAAGUCCUUUGAGAAGAACUUUCAAGUCCAGGGUUUUGGCCCACUACCCGCAGAAUGUAGAAUGGAACCCCUUUGACCAAGAUGCAGUAAAUAUGCUCUGCAUGCCCAAAGGGCUGUCCUUCAGGACUCAAAAGGACAGCAGAGACGCUCAGUUCCACUCCUUUAUCAUCACCCGGGAAGACGGCUCGCGCACCUACGGCUUCGUGCUCACCUUCUUCGAGGAAGUGACCAGCAAGGCCAUCUGCACGGCCAUGCACACCCUGUACCAGAUGCACAACGCCGAGCGCGGCCGCGGCGCCCGCGCCUCCUCCUCCGGCAGUCUGGACUCCCUCGGCGGCGGCCCGGACGAGGGAGACGCGACGUCCCUCGCGAAGCUGCAGCGCGUCGACUCCUACGACAUCGGCCGGGACACCCUGUACGUCUCCAAAAGCAUUUGUCUCAUCGCCCCUCUGCCCUUCAUGCAAGCGUGCAAGAAGUUCCUCCUCCAGCUCUACCAGGCCGUGCGCUCCCAGCAGCCCCCCCCGCUGCCGCUCGAGAGCUACAUCCACAACAUCCUUUACGAGGUGCCCCUCCCCCCCCCGGGAAGGUCGCUCAAGUUCUACGGGGUGUACGAGCCGGUCGUCUGCCAGAGGCCCGGACCCAACGAGCUCCCCCUCUCCGACUACCCCCUCUGGGAAGUCUUUGAGCUGCUGGGCCUGGAGAACCUCGUUCAGCUCUUCACGUGCGUUCUCCUGGAAAUGCAGAUUCUCCUGUACUCGCAAGAUUAUCAGCGCCUGAUGACCGUGGCCGAGGGCAUCACCACCCUCCUGUUCCCCUUCCAGUGGCAGCAUGUCUACGUGCCCAUUCUUCCAGCCUCCCUCCUGCAUUUCCUGGACGCUCCCGUCCCGUAUCUGAUGGGCCUCCAGUCCAAGGAAGGCACCGACCGCUCCAAGCUGGAACUUCCUCAGGAGGCAAACCUGUGCUUCGUGGACAUUGAUAAUCAUUUCAUCGAGCUGCCUGAGGAAUUCCCACAGUUCCCUAAUAAGCUGGAUUUCAUCCAGGAAAUCUCCGAAGUCCUCCUUCAGUUUGGAAUCCCCCCUGAAGGGAGCCUGCGCUACAGCGAGAGCAGCCUCAGACUCAAGUCUGUGGUUCUGAAGGACUUGGCCAACGACAGGAAGAACGGAAACGUCUCUGCCAGCACGGCCCACGUGUACGAGUUCCUGAAAGGCAACGAAACCAUCGCCCGCCUUCAGGCUCUCACCAGGAGGACGGGCGUCACCGUGGACCCGGCGGCCCUCCCCCCCUGUCUGAGCGAGAAGAGCUUGAAGCUGCAGUGCGAAGAGGCCGAGAUGCGGGACUACAAGCUCAACGUCCAGCUUCGGGAGGUCUUCGCCAACCGCUUCACCCAGAUGUUCGCCGAUUACGAGGCCUUUGUGAUUCAGACGGCCCAGGACCUGGAGUCGUGGCUGACCAACAGGGAGCAGAUGCAGAACUUUGACAAAGCCUCCUUCCUGUCCGAUCAGCCCGAGCCUUAUCUCCCAUUUCUCUCACACUUCAUUGAGACGCAGAUGUUUGCCACCUUUGUGGACAAUAAGAUUAUGUCCCAGUGGGAGGAAAAAGACCCUCUCCUGCGCGUCUUUGACUCCAGGAUCGAGAAGCUGAGACUGUAUAAUGUCAGAGCCCCGGUUCUGCGGACGUCCAUUUAUCAGCGAUGCAGCACUUUAAAAGAAGCAGCCCAGGCCAUCGAGCAGCGGCUGCUGAAGCUGGACCACAGCGCCGUGCACCCCCACUUGCUGGACAUGAAGAUCGGGCAGGGCCGAUACGAACCGGGCUUCUUCCCGAGGCUGCAGGCGGACGUCCUGACCACCAACAAUAAUCGCUGGGUUAGCCGGAGUGCCACAGCGCAGCGCCGGAAAGACCGCCUCCGCCAGCAUUCCGAGCACGUGGGACUAGACAACGACUUGCGGGAGAAAUACAUGCAGGAGGCCAGGAGUUUGGGGAAGAACCUGAGGCAGCCCAAACUGUCCGAUCUCUCUCCGGCCGUGAUCGCUCAGACCAACUGGAAAUUCGUGGAAGGCUUACUCAAGGAGUGCCGCCUCAAGACGAAACGCAUGUUGGUGGAAAAGAUGGGACACGAAGCGGUGGAGCUGGGCCACGGCGAAGCCCACAUCACGGGCCUGGAGGAGAACACGCUCAUCGCCAGUCUGUGCGACCUGCUGGAGAGGAUCUGGAGCCACGGCCUUCUGGUCAAGCAGGGCAAGUCGGCCCUGUGGUCGCACCUGGUUCAGUAUCAGGACCGAGACGAGAAGCCGGAGCCGCCGGCGGAAUCCCCGGUUUCCCUCGGACCAGAGAGAAGAAAGUCCGAGUCGGGGAGCUCGUUGCCAACCCUUCGGGUGUCUCUCAUCCAGGACAUCAGGCACAUCCAGAACAUGAGCGAGAUCAAGACGGACGUGGGCCGCGCGCGGGCCUGGAUCAGGCUGUCGCUCGAGAAGAAGCUCCUGUCUCAGCACCUGAAGCAGCUGGGCUCCAGGCAGCCGCUGACCAGGAAGCUGUACAAGCGCUACGCCUUCCUGCGCUGCGAGGAGGAGAGGGAGCAGUUCCUGUACCACCUGCUCUCCCUCAACGCCGUCGACUACUUCUGCUUCACCAGCGUCUUCACCACCAUCAUGAUUCCCUACAGAUCGGUGAUCAUCCCCAUUAAGAAGCUAAGCAACGCCAUCACCACGUCCAACCCGUGGAUCUGCGUGUCGGGCGAGCUGGGAGACACCGGCGUGAUGCAGAUCCCCAAAAACCUCCUUGAGAUGACCUUCGAGUGCCAGAACCUGGGAAAGCUGACCACCGUCCAGAUCGGCCACGACAACUCGGGCCUGUUGGCCAAGUGGCUCGUGGACUGCGUCGUGGUCCGAAACGAGAUCACGGGACACACGUACAGGUUCCCGUGUGGGCGGUGGCUCGGGAAGGGCAUCGACGACGGAAGCUUGGAGAGAAUCCUCAUCGGAGAGCUGAUCCCGUCCAGCGCGGAGGAGGAUCUGGGGAAGCAGUGCCGGACGCCCCCCCAGCAGAAAUCGCCGCCCGCCGCCCGGAGGCUGAGCAUCCCGGCUCUCACCGGCAAGAUGAGCGGCCGGCCCAGCGCCGGGCAGAUCCAGGAAGGCAUCGGGGAGGCCGUGAACAACCUCGUCAAACACUUCCACAAGCCUGAGAAGGAGCGGGGGAGCCUCACCGUCCUGCUCUGUGGGGAGAGUGGCCUGGUCGCCGCCUUGGAGCAAGUUUUCCAUCACGGAUUCAAGUCUGCGCGGCUCUUCCACAAGAACGUCUUCAUCUGGGACUUCAUAGAGAAAGCAGUUGCUUAUUUUGAAACAACUGAUCAAGUUGAGGACAGUGAAGAUGAAGUCCUUAUCCAGAAGUCAUCCUGCAAAACCUUCUGCCACUAUGUGAACGCCAUCAAUACUGCCCCCAGGCACAUCGGGAAGGACGGCAAGUUCCAGAUCCUGGUUUGUCUUGGCACAAGGGACCACCUGCUUCCCCAAUGGAUCCCGGUCCUGGCUGAGUGUCCUGCCAUCACCAGAAUGUAUGAGGAAAGCGCGCUCCUCCGCGACCACAUGACCGUCAACUCCCUCAUCCGCGUGCUGCAGGCCAUCCAGGACUUCCACAUCGUCUUAGAAGGGUCCCUGGUCAAAGGCGUGGACGUGUAGCUGCUUUUCUCCUCGCUCUUUCCUGCUUCCUGGCCGGCGUCGGCCCUCCCCAGACGAAAGAAGGACAGCAGAGGGGGCUCGUGCAUCCGGGGAGGCGCCCUGGCACCAGGCUUUUGUCUGGGGAGGGCCGGCUGUCUGGCCUCGCCGUGGUAGCGAAUCACUGGAAGGACGCGUCGCCCUCCCGCGGAGGAGGCGCAGCCCGCUGGGCUUCCUCUUCUGAGUGGGGGUUCAGGGCUGCCGGAGCUCAUCCUCAGCGGAGACGUGUCCAAAAUAGAACACUUGCGUGUGCUGGCUGUGUCGGGAGCUUUCUGAGAACGGAGAGACGAGGAGCUUCGUGAAGGCCGGCCGCGGCGCGCCGCGGGACCCGCGCCAAGAAUCCGGCCCUUCCUCCGCACCCCAGGAAAGUGGGGGUCCCUCGCAUUGCCUUUGGGAAGCAUCUGCACUGCUGGGAAAUGGGCACCGCAGAGAGCCUCUCCGGGUGUGGCCCUUCCUGCUUUUUGGCGGAAUAGCAAGACCUGGCGUUAGCGGUCGCCCUGCGCUCCUCCAGGCCGCCUCAGUCGCCUCGCGCUGACUCUGGGCCUCCGCACCCGCCAAAUGAGCACGGAUGCUCGGCUGGCUCGCAGGCUGCGGAACGGAAGGGCGAGAAGGCGGCGUGGAGCGCGCACGAUGUUCCCAUUGGCAGGACGAGUGAUCCCAAAGGGCCAGAGGAGAGCGGGGGGAGCCCAGGAGAGAAGGGUCGGUGCCGGGGCGCCCUUUGAAUGCGCGUCCCUCGUGCGCAGGAGCCAGAAUGGGGCCGCUGGAAAGGGCGCCGGGCUGCCGCCUCCUUUCCCAGGCCGCCCCCGACGCCCCCACCUCCUCCUCUACCUCCUCCCAAUCUAUGCAGCUCCACAGUAUUAUUGGCCGCUUGACGGCCCUCCGGAACCAUCGCCGCAGAAACGCAGCCCGAGAGGGCAGCCUGAGGUCCGGACUGAGCCCGGAGCCGUGCCACGACGUGGCGGCCACUCCGUUCUGUGAAACGUCUACUUGAAAAUGCCUCCUUUCCCCUCCUUGAACGUGGCGGGAAGGGCCUGCGGGGAGCGGCGCCCCCUGGAAAAAGCAAAGGAAAGACGCCGCAGAGACCCCGUCCCGAGUCCCACCAUUGGACCGAGCCAUUCCCGGUGCCCGUCCCGCUUUGUUUCAUCUCUGGCCUUCUGGAGGCGAGGCCUCCCCCCUCCCGGGGCACCCCCAAACCGAUCCACAGGCGUCCUCUUGGCUCUGGAAAGGAGCCACGAAGUCCUGCGGGAAGAGGGCUGGGGCGAGCGUUUGCCUUCAGGGUCCCUCUGCUUCGUGGCGGAGUCUUCCCAGAGCCUGUCCUCUCCCUCCCCUUCCCUCCCCUCCCCGCUGGCCAGCGCACGGGGCCUCCUACGCUCUGACCUGGCGAGGGGCUCCUGGAGGCGGCCGGGGUUCUCGGGGCCCCCAUGUAGCGUCCCCCGUCCUGGCACGAGGGCCUCGCCAAGCAAUAAGGGAAUUGUGGGUGUCUGGAGAAGGACCCGGAUUCCCGUCCACUUCCGUGGCGUCACUUCUCGUUCGCUCCCCAAGCAGAAGAGAGCCAAGAGCAAGCGAGCGAGCGUCUGGCCUCCUCCCGGGGUCUCGCGGUGCCAGGAAGCAGCGGAACCAAACCUAGAUUUCUGCAAGGGGAAGCGUGCUCGUCACGAGAAGACUGUUCUAACAAGCACUUUAACCUGCACAUCUCAGACGCUGUCUUGGGUUUUUCAGAUUUUGACGUACAUUUCAAUAUGGCUUUUCAUGCUAUUUUCUUUACAAAUAAAACUAUGGAUUAAAA